CAUCUCCAGCGUUUCGAACGGAAACGCUUCUAGGAAAAAAUCCGAGAUAAGGAUUCACACACACACUUUGUCGUGAUCUUUUCUCGUGCCACCUGGCUGCUUAGCAGUUCAGACCAAAGGAAGGCGACGACCACGACAAUACGUGGAAAAGCUGGGUGGAGUUCGUGGAAAAGAAAAUUCUCGCCAUGAAGGGAAUAGGCCUGCAAGAUAAAAUCAACAUUAUAUUUGAUUAUGUGAAUUUUUUCCCGUUGUAAAAUGCCUCUAGAAGUAAAAUUUUUGAAAUUUUUUGCCAUGCAUAAGAUCAUGAUGAGUGUUGGUGCGCGCAUUAUUUUAGUGGCAGCCUGCAUGCUUUUCUUGAAUAACGUCAAAGUGUUGUAUAACGAGGAAUAUUAUAUCACGAACAAUUUCGAAACGAUCCUGAAGCUAUACGGCCGAAUUUUGUAUCCGAGCAGCCGAACCUAAAUCGAAAUGGAGCAACAACAGCUUCCCCGAAAUAUGGAACUCACAAUCAGAAAGACCGGAAAAAAGACAACGAACUAUCAGCUGAUUGAUGUAUUUAUGAACGGACGACGACUGUACAGCAAAUUGAUUUCGAAAUACGAUGUCAAAGCAUUAGAACGCCGCAUAGAAAACUACAACGACACACAUUGGGAGGAACCAAUGGAUUGGCAAUAAAUCGACAUAUAAACAAUAAGCUCCGAUUUUAUAUUAUAAUUAUGCUCAAUAUGUACAUAUAAGCAAUAUCUUGCGUUCAUAAUAUAUACCUUUAUUUCGUUUUGUCAACUUGUAUUUGGCGUGCUUCUGCCAGCGCAAAGGAUGCCAUUAUGCUGAGCUACUGCUUUCUUAUUCUACGUAUGCUAUGAACAUUUGUUGGAUAUCAGUAUAUGUAUGAAAUUUAUGAUAAUUUUGAUUUUUGUAGAUGAUGUGAACGAUUUGAAUAAGACGUUGAAAGAUAUGUUGAAAGCAGCUCGUGAAAAAAAAAUUGCUGCUGGAGCAAAUGUUUCAACAGAAAUUAUGAACGAGAAGAGAAGUAAGAAACCAUCGUUGAAACUUAAAGACGAUAGCGAUCAUCAUCAUACCAAUAAGGGUAAAAAAACAGCAAAAAAACAUAAUUUGAAUGAUGCCGAAGAAAAAGAACGUAAAAAAAAGAAAAACAAUGAAAUUCGUGAUGCCGCGGCCGCCUCUGAGCAAAGCAGCAAUACAGAGAUGGAUGAUGACGUAGAGAAAAAAAAAGACAACGCGACAGAGUCCAACGGUAAUUUGGAGAAAGAUGAUUCUGUUGGAAAAAAAGAUGUGCCAGAAAUGACAGCUGCUAAUUCGGAUAAGAAGCGAGAUGAUUCGGAUAAGCUUGAAGAUGAUUCGGAUAAGAAUGAAUAUGGCAACGAUGGAAAAUCUAAAGAGGAAAGUUCUCCCAGUGAUGAUGAUAAUGAGGAUGAAUUAGAUAAGGACCAGCAGUUAUUUGGAAAAGAUCAUUCGGAAAAAAUGUCUCACCUUUGUAACGGCAUUUAUUGUAAAAAAUUCGUUUUAAAAAUGGCACUGCACGCUAGUACCCAACCAGAGCACCUGGCCAGGCGGCUACUGGAGGGGGUAUUUAAAACUGAGAACGUCUUGGAUUGCACAAUAACGGGUAGAAGCGCAAAUGCCCAAGGGAAGGCCAGACAGGCCGAAAAAACAACACCGUUACACCCUACAGCAGUGGCAGCAAUAAUCAGCUUCGUAAAAAGCACCAGUGUAACGAAAGGAUGGCAAGUUCCCUCGGAACAGAAAUUAAAGGCCGUUAUUGGUGUAAGACUCGGAGAAAUGAAGAGAGAGACUAAAAGAGCUGCCCUUUUUGCAAAACUCAAUGCCGAUUGAUAUCAUUUACAUAUUUUUUUAAAUUAACCUUUUUUGAGUUUUUUGAAUUUUGUAUUUUUUAAUAUUUUACUUACUGCAUAGGUUUUUAUACUACACGAUAUAACAUAAAAUUUUAUUUUUUGAAGAAAAUAAUCAUUUUUCAGAUGAAAAUGUGUCUUUUUAUGUAAAACUGUAUACAAUAAUA